GCGGGCCCGGGGCGGGCGGGCAGAGCCCGCGGCGUGGCGGCACCGCCGCCCCCCGCCCGGCAGCGCGGCGACCCCGGCCCGCCAUGGGGCCCGCCCGCGCCGGUUACCUGGCGCCCUGGUGGGCGGCCUGGCUGCACGGGCUCCCGCACCGCGGCCCGCGCCUGCAGCCCGUGCCCAGCACCUUCCGCCCGCAGGACCCCGACUACCAGCAGUCGCUGCUUGUCCUGGGCUUGCUGGCCGCCGUGUGCCUCGGCCUCAACCUCCUCUUCCUCAUCGUGUACCUGAUCUGCCUGUGCUGCUGCAAGAGGGACCAGGACCCCGAGAGCAAGCGGCCCCACUCGUGUUGUGUCACCUGGAUGGCCGUCACCGCCGGGCUCAUCUGCUGCGCGGCCGUCGGCGUCGGCUUCUACGGGAACAGCGAGACCAACGACGGGGUUUUCCAGCUGCUCUAUGCCCUGGACCACGCCAACCAGACCCUCACGGGCAUCGACUCCCUGGUUGCCAGCACCACGCUGCAGAUGCAGGGAGCGCUGGAGCAGCACCUGGCACGGCUGAACGAGCUGCUGGCCUCGCGGGGGGAUUACGUGCAGACCCUCAAGUUCACGCAGCAGCUGGCUGGCAGCAUUGCCCUGCAGCUCCAGGGGCUGCCGGCCUGGCGGGGCGUCAGCGCUGACCUCACCGAGCUGUCGGGACAGGUGGCCUAUGUCGAGUAUUACCGGUGGUUGGCCUACCUGCUCUUCUUCAUCCUCGUGCUCACCGUCUGCCUGCUGGCCUGCCUGGGGCUGGCCAAGCACUCCCGCUGCCUCCUGGUCAUGAUGCUGUGCUGUGGGCUGCUCAUGCUGGUCCUCAGCUGGGCCUCCAUGGCCGUGGACACGGCAGCGGCGGUGGGCACCAGCGACUUCUGCGUGGCCCCGGACAAGUUCAUCAUGAACCAGACAGACGAUGAGAUCAGCGCAGAGGUGGUUCAUUAUUACCUGUACUGUGACCAGAGCCUGAGCAGCCCCUUCCAGCAGGCUCUCACCGUGUUCCAGCGCUCGCUGACCACCAUGCAGAUCCAGAUCCAGGGGCUCAUCCAGUAUGCACUGCCCCUCUUCCCCACAGCUGAGAAAGACCUGCUGGGGGUGCAGCAGCUCCUCAACUCCUCGGAGACCAGCCUGCACCAGCUGACAGCCCUGCUGGACUGCCGGGGGCUGCACAAGGAUUACCUGGAUGGCCUCAUCGGGAUCUGCUACGACGGCGUGGAGGGGCUGCUCUACCUGGGGCUCUUCUCCCUGCUGGCGGCCGCCGCCUUCUCCACGGUGAUCUGCGCGGCCCCGCGCGCCUGGCAGCAGCUGGCCGGGCGGGAGCGGGACUACGACGACAUGGACGAGGAGGACCCGUUCAACCCGCAGGCGCGGCGCAUGGCCGCGCACCGCCCGCCGCGGGGGCAGCUGCGCAGCUUCUGCAGCUACAGCAGCAGCCUGGGCAGCCAGAGCAGCCUGCACCCCCCGGCACAGACCGUGUCCAACGCGCCCGUCUCCGAGUACAUGAACCAGGCCGUGCUCUUCGGAGGGAACCCCCGCUACGAGAACGUGCCCCUCAUCGGCAGGGGCUCUCCUCCCCCCACGCUAAGUUGCCCAUCAAGAUACUCCCCGAGCAUGAGAGCCACGUACCUGGCGGUCACCGAUGAGCGCGUCCGGCACCGCGGCGACUUCCCGGCCUAGGAGGGGAUGGCGCCCGGGACACCAGAGAGCCUGGAGGGAGCCACGGCGGGGCCGGGGAGCCCCCCAGCACCCCCUGCCCCGGCAGCCCCACAUCCCGCUGCCUUACGGGCUCCCAGAGCGCGGAGGGGGCUCCGGAGCUCCUCCCGUCCCUGCGGAACGUUCUGGAACACAGUCUGGAACACAGGGCAGGGGCUGCCGUAGCAAUGCAGCACCAACCACUAGUGAUCCCAAGCCCUUCCCCAGCCCUUCCCGGCUGCCCCCACGGCCGCAGCGUUCCCAGGAUGGUGAAUUAGGGAUGUUCUGGCCUUGCUGGUUUUCCUCCGCUUCGCCCCGGGGUUUGGGAGGUGCUGGCUCUGUUCAGAGAGGAGUCGCUGCAGUGGGGUUUGUAGUGGGAUUUGGGGUGGGUUUAGGCUUUUUUUGGCUCCCCAGGGCGGGUGUGGGCUGGGGCAGGCUCCCCUCCUCCUGCAGCCCUGGAGUGGUCACAAAUCCCCAGGAGAGGGACGGGAGCUGCGGGGGCAUCCCUGGGGAGGGACAGCAUGGACCUGCCACCCUGGAGGCUCAGCCAGCAUUCCCAGGGCGCCAGGGUGAGGAGCUGGGAGAGCAGUUCGAGCUGAACUUGGCCCUUUGGGGCUGCCCUUUGGCACAUGGAUCCCCAGGAAAGGCCCCUUCCCCCUGUCCCAGCCACCCAGACCCCAAAAGGUGCGGACAGGGCAGUGGUGUGCCCCCCAGGGCCAGGACAUCCCCUUCUCCACAUUCCCCAUGACUAGCAUCCCCCCCUUGGGGACUAUCCCGAGGGAUUUUUUUAUUUUCUUGGCUUUUAACGUUUCCAUGUAACGGUACUGGUAGAGGAGCUGUUGUAACCGCAUGUGAACUAACCGAAGGACUCCGGCUGGGAGCUGGAGUCCGGCUGGAUUUGUUUGUGCCCUUUUGGGAGAAAAGAUAAUAAACACUUGGACUAAA